AUGUGUCCUUUUGGUUGCCACUGCCACCUGCGGGUUGUUCAGUGUUCUGACUUGGGUCUGAAGACUGUGCCCAAGGAGAUCUCACCUGACACCACACUGCUAGACCUGCAGAAUAAUGACAUCUCUGAGCUCCGCAAGGAUGACUUCAAAGGCCUCCAGCACCUCUAUGCCCUGGUCUUGGUAAACAAUAAGAUCUCCAAGAUCCAUGAGAAGGCCUUUAGCCCUCUGAGGAAGCUGCAAAAACUCUACAUCUCCAAGAACCACCUGGUGGAGAUUCCUCCCAACCUGCCCAGCUCCCUGGUCGAGCUACGAAUCCAUGACAACCGUAUCCGCAAAGUGCCCAAGGGCGUGUUCAGCGGGCUCCGGAACAUGAAUUGCAUUGAGAUGGGCGGGAAUCCAUUGGAGAACAGUGGCUUUGAACCAGGAGCCUUUGAUGGCCUGAAGCUCAACUACCUGCGCAUCUCAGAGGCCAAGCUCACUGGCAUCCCCAAAGAUCUCCCUGAGACCCUGAAUGAACUUCACCUGGACCACAACAAAAUCCAGGCUAUUGAGUUGGAGGACCUACUUCGCUACUCCAAGCUGUACAGGCUGGGCUUAGGCCACAAUCAGAUCCGGAUGAUUGAGAAUGGGAGCCUGAGUUUUCUGCCUACCCUGAGGGAACUUCACUUGGACAACAACAAGCUGUCCCGGGUGCCUGCUGGUCUCCCAGAUCUCAAGCUCCUCCAGGUUGUCUAUCUGCACUCCAACAACAUCACCAAGGUGGGCAUCAACGAUUUCUGUCCCAUGGGUUUCGGAGUCAAGAGGGCCUACUAUAAUGGCAUCAGCCUCUUCAACAAUCCUGUGCCCUACUGGGAAGUGCAGCCUGCGACGUUCCGCUGUGUCACUGACCGCCUGGCCAUCCAAUUUGGAAAUUAUAAGAAGUAGAGUCAGUGGUAGCCACCAUGGUGGCCUUGGUGAGAGUCUCUGAGGAACAUAGCCAGAUGCUCCACAGAGGAAGGGAAGCAAAGAAGCAACACCUUUGUUCCCCAAUAUUAACUCACUGCCCCACCACAGCUUCCCCCUGGCUCCUAAGCAUGCAUAUAUGCACAUGGCCUGGCCCCCUCACCCAUUCCCCUCAGACUUUGAAAUUGAACACUCAUCCACCAUGUCCACUCAGAGACUCCCUAUAAAUCUUUCUUCUUGCUCAUCCUGAAACUCAGAUGGUUAUGGCAAGAGGGGCUAGCGUGUGUUCCUCCUCUUCCUUGCCCAUGUCUGACUUCCAGCUCUUCUGGGCUCUGCUUGCUGCCCUUAUCCUCUGGUGUUCUCUCUUCAACAAGUUCACCACCAUCCCAGCAACCACCUGGCUCUACUAACUCCUGGAUCAUUCCUUCUCUCCAACCCUGCAAUAUUUCCUGCCACUUUUCUUCCUUCUGGGCUUAUUAAUCUGUCCCCUGCCAUCUCUGGAUCUGGUUCAUAUCUCUCUGUCUUUGUCUCUUUCUAUAUGCCUUUGACUAUAUCUCUGUCUGUUUCUAUUUCUGUCUCUGUCUCUCUGUCUCUGUGACUCUCUGUCUUUGUAUCUGUCUUCUGACACCACACACACACACACACACACACACACACACACACACACACACACACACUGAUCGUCUGUCCCAGGCUGUUUUCUGCUUCACAGGUCUCUGGCCAGUCCCUGCACAAACAAAUAUGGGGCAACUAUCUUCCUGAUUGCCCUACCCAGCACUUGACCCCCAGCCCUGCAGGAAGCUGGAAGGUGGAGGCCAGAAUCCUGUCCAUAUUGUCCAGGAAAGGGUCCAUACUUUGCUAUAAAGAUGAGGAUCAGGAAGCUUCCUAGCCCCUGGAGAGGCUCAGCAGGCCCCCAGAACCCCCAGAACCAGUUUGCAUUCGCUCCUGCCCUCUCCCAAAGAUGGCUAGGUUCCCUCCAUUACCCCUGGGUCCCUGCUGUGGUAGGAGGUGGUGGUCAGUUGCACCCAGCAUGAGGGAGUGCUGCUUAUGAGGUCAGUUGUCUCUCAAUUAAAAAACACUGUGCAAUAUGA